AUGCGGUUAGCUGCGAAAUCGAUUUUGCCCUUCCUGCUGCUCCCUUCGACGAUGGCCAUAUUUUUCGGAGGUGGAGGUGGAGGAGGGGGAAGGGGUGGAUGUUGUUGCCGAUGCGGAACACCACAGCCACCAUCUUGUGGAUGUCAGCCUGCCUGCCCAGCCCCUCCACCAUGUCCAGUAUGCCGGCCGAAGCCGUGUCCCGUUUGCGCGCCGGCCCCGAGCUCUGGUUGCGGUGGAGGAGGUGGCGGAUGUGGCGGAGGAGGAGGCGCCUACGCUAUCGCCGGCCCUGCAAACUACGCCCAGGCUCCGCAAAUUGGCUAUGCACAAGUGGGCCCAAGCUACGCUCAAUCGGGUCCUGUCGGCUACGCGGGGCCACCAAUGACGGGUCCGAUUCCACAGGCAAUUCCGCAAAUGAACUAUCAACCACCGCCACAGUAUGCUGCGAAUAUCCCAGCUGGCAGCUAUCAGGGACCGAUGGCCAACCCGCUUCCAAUCGCAGCCCCGCAACAAAUAGAACCCGCCUACAAUACACUACCAACGGCCGGAAGCUAUAAAGACGUGGCGGUGGAUUCGGACCCGAACUCCUCGGCGCCCAACGAUAUUGCGGCAGCUGUCGAGGCGGCUGAUAUUGCAGACGAGCCGCAACGCGACGAUCCAAACCCCUGUAAGCCGGCGGUCAAAUAUGUGCUACUGCGAGAAGCGGGCAAUGGCCGAAUGGAGGAGGUCGAGCUCGAACAGGGAAGCGUCGCCGAACUGGCCCCGGGCCAUGAGGAAGCUAAAAUGCACCCAGAGAUGGGCAUGGACCGCGACGCUCGGAUGCAGGGGAAACGGCGUGGCGAUGAGGAUAUUGAUGAAACACCCAUGCUCAAAGGGUCGAAACUGUUCACAAAUGAGGGGAAAUGCAACAGCAAACAGUUGGAGAAGUUGAUUAUGCAGAAUAUCGUCUCCAACGAUGCGUUAGCGUCAAAACGGGCAAUUCACGAAGCAUCACUCGCUAUGAAGCCAGCCGCGGGGGUUGAUGUGAUUUGUUCGGAAACAGGCUUCACCUACCUCGUCUCCACCGUGGAGCACUGUGAAGCCCAAAAGGACAACGUCAUCUGCUUCGUCUACAAAAGGCCGCUG